ACACGACAAAUCGGUUAGUUCGAUUCGAACAACAAGAACUGACUGGAGAUUCGACAAACAUUUGUCACAAAUUCGCGCUGCGUUUCAAGGAGAAGCAACGAGAUAAAAUCAAGAUAGAAGCCAGCCGAAAAAAAAAACGGUAAAAAAAAAAUAAUAAUUUGUGACACGCUCGGAGCAACGAUCUUCACCUGCCAUAAUGAGUCAGUCAAGAUCUUACAGCGAUUUGUUUCGUGAUACUGUACAGGCCGGAUUGCGAGACGAUUCCAUUCAAAAUGUGGACGUCGUGCAGAAGAGAUCAUAUUCGGAUUCCAGUCCGAAUAAUUUCGCGGAAGCGUCUUCUCCUCUGGAUGAAUUUCUGCAACAUCCAAAGUGUUUGGUUAACUCUUCAGUUCUCGAUUCGACGGUUCCAUUUUCUAAAAUUCGUCCUCAGAGCUUGCGUCGUCAGAACAGCACGGAAUCGACUUCGCAAAUUUCUUCGGACGGCAGUCGGCCGUGUUCUUCGGCGAACAGCCGGCCGGGAUCGGCGGAAUACAAUCAAACGGACUGUUCGGAUGAAAACGCAGCCAGCCAACGAUUUCGUGACUUUCAGUCGGAGACUUCGGAUGAUUUCGGUUACUUUUUUACGUUCAAAGAUACGUUGAACGAAUAUUCCGAUCGGCUUCUUUCGGAAUUCAAGCAGGACAAUCAGAUACAAGAUUUUCCCGUGACUUUCGCAAAAAUCGCUUCUUCGACACGUAAGACCAACAAUUCUUCGGAACAAUCGCCGGAACGUGAAACCGGGACCGGAAUUUGGAAUGUUCAAAGAGAUAUGUCGAAUUUGUCGCUAACGACGAAGAUGUUGGACGAAGCGAAAGAAGGUGAGAUGAGGAAAGAGGAGAAUUCUGCCGAAGAGCAAUCGAUUUUCGACUACGAUAUUACGUACGAUAGUUUUAAAGAAGACAUUACGAAGAACGAUUGUACAAUUGCGGAAGCUAAUUCGGAACAAAGUUACGCGUCUGCGCACGAUCAACAACAAGCUUGCACAUCUAAGGAUUUAAUCGAAAUAUCGUCAAUAAUCAACGACGAGAAACUAGACGAAGAGAAAUUGAAAUCGCCCAAAGAACCAGACGACACGAACGUCGAACAGCAACCCUAUGAGAAACAUUCCUGUUCUCAGCUACUUUACUGUCAGACGUGCUACAAACGAAUCUGUACUGAGUGCGUCUCUUCUUGCUGUCGCGGUCACGUGACGACCAAUUUCUCAAAAUAUUUGAGGACUAUUGAAUUGCAGGCGGAAGAAAUCUUGGACGAAGCCUACAACGGAAUCGACAUUCUGACAGACGAUAUGGAAGACGUAAUGUUGGAUAUGUCAACACUGAAUAAAAGAGCUACGGAAGCGAUAGCUAGCGUGCAAUUUUCUUCACACGUAAUGUUGGCUGCCGUGGAAGAAAGGGAGAAGGAACUGUUUCGACAAAUUACGGAAGUGAGGCAGUGGAAGUACGAUGCUCUUCACGAGAAAUACGCGAAUUUAAGGGAUGACCAAGCACGAUUAGCGGAAGCCGUUCACGCGCUCAAAUACGUGCUCUAUGAAAUGCGAUCGCAUCCAAGCGAGAUCAUGAAGAUGAAAGAUCGCGUCAUGGCUGAGAUAUGGCAGAUAUGUCAGAAUCGAAGAACAUCAUCCAGAUCCGAUCAAGAAAAUUGGAUUUCGUUUAAAGGAACGGAAAACAACGUGAUUCCUGUAAUUGCCAACGUCGGAAGCGUGUCUGCGAGAAGUCCAGGCGUCAUUGGAGAUCGCAAAACCGAGUCUUUUUCCAAAUUUGACGAGAUGAACCUCCAACACGGACCAAUAGCAUUCGGACGUCCGAUACUUAAUUAUGAUUUUAACAUAAAUUUGGCUAAUAGAGAAACCAAUCUCUAUGUCUACAGUACAGAAGUUACGAUUAUCGGCUAUCACGGUGAAAACUCCGAUAAAAAUUUGUCUCGUCCUUGGGGAGUCGCUGUCGACACAGACGGAAAUAUAAUAGUAAGCGACAGAUCUAACAAUCGCAUACAGAUUUAUCAGAGCGAUGGGACUUUAAUAAAUCAAUUUGGACAAUACGGCAGCGGUGAGUGUGAAUUUAAUCGUCCCGCGGGUAUCACAGUUGAUGCGAAAAGACGUAUUAUCGUAGCUGACAAGGAUAAUCAUCGCGUUCAAAUUUUAACGAUGCAAGGUAAAUUUAUUGACGCUUUCGGCAGAUGUGGCGAUCAGCCAGGAGAAUUCAAUUAUCCCUGGGGAAUAGCGACAAAUUCCGCUUGCGAGAUUGCAGUUACCGACACUAGAAAUCGCCGUAUACAACUGUUCAGCGAAAGGGGAACUUUCUUGCGCAUGUUUGGCGGCAAACCGUACGAUCUGGCCAAAUUGGACUCGCCCCGGGACAUUUGCUUCAACAGGGAAGGAAACAUGAUAGUUACCGAUUUUAGCCACCAUACUAUCGUGAUAGUAAAUUAUUUGAUGACUGAAUCAAGAGUACUCGACUGCGAAUCGAGAAACAUAAUUGUGGAUAGAAAUGGCGAGGAGUCGCACGAAUCUCCUCUUUUACGACCUCAGGGAGUCAUGAUGUCGGACAACGGGCAUAUUAUCGUUGCCGACUCCCGUCACAAUGCGAUUAAAGUUUUUAAUUCGAUCGGAACCUUGUUAUUCGAAUAUAAACCGGGUCUUCAAGAGAUGGACCGACCGCUCGGUAUGGCGUUGUACACAGACGGUAGAAUACUAUUCACCGAUUACAAUCAAAAUUACGUGCGUCUAGUCAGAUUGUCAAAUCACAUAAAUCCGGAGCGAAGAAACAACGUUAUCGGAUUCGAUUGACGAACUCGGUCUUCCGAGAUAUUGCACAAAUUUCUAUUCUAGAUAAAUAAUAUAUUUAUAUGCGACGAGUUUAUUUUCAUCCGACGAUGAAAAUAACGGAAUAAAAAUUUUUAAUAAAUCCUUUCGUUUUUUAUUUUCUUACAGUGAUAUUUACAUGUUAUAUAUUUACGAUUUUAUCAUGUACCAAAAAAGAAGAAAAAACAAAUGUCGCGUACCUCGUGACCGGAUGGAUAAUGCACAUGGCGAUAGUGUCAGUUUUUCGUUUUUUUCUAUCAUUAUUUAAAUAGAAAGAUCAAACUAUAUAUAAAGCAGAAAAAAAAAAAAAAACUAACAGAGUAAUUAAUCGUGUACACGUACUACACGCACUAUAUAUGUAUGCAAGAUAAAUUUGAGAAUUUAUAUUAUAUUACAGUUAAUAUUUUUUUGAAUAAAAGAAGGUCACUAAGAGAGGAAACAAAAUUUAUUUGCGCAUCUUACAAUUUUUGCGUCGACUUUUUUAAUGAUCUUCCUUUAUUGAAUUUUUCUUCUCGAAAGAUAUCACUGAGCCUGAUCUAUUAUAUAAAUUAUAUUUAGUCGGUUUUGUAACAAUUUUAUCGCCGUAAUAUAUUGAUGAAGGAAACUAAUGACGAGGUAACAAUUAUUAUUGCAUGCACAUGCUUACUUUUUAAUUAACUUUGUUUUAUUUUAUUUUUAUAACACAAUAAAAAUGAUUUUUCUGUUCAUUUUAUCAAGUUUUGAAUAAAAUGUUUCUUGUCGGAUGCAAUAAAGACAUUAGAACAAUUUGAUGCAGUUUUCAUUUAACAUUUUCCCCGUAGUUCUUGGUAUCUUGUCUCACACAACGUACACAAACGUAUCUCAAAUAUUAUUUUUAAGUAUCCUGUAAAGACACUCCUUCCAGUUAUACACAUUGCGCAAAUGCAUAACGUAACAGAAUAUGGAUGAACGAUUUUAAAUUAAGCGUGUGUUUAAAUUAAGUCUCAUUUAUCUUGCUUCCUUCCUUGCAUGAUAUUUUAUAUAUUUUUAUAUACAGUUCGUAGUCUAAACUAAUGAACGCCGUAAAAAAAAAAAGAUUCCGAAUCUUAGUUUUACAUACCGUACGCGCGAAGGCGAUGCCGCGAAUAAAUUAAUUUAAACAAAAAACAUCCGGAAACAUGUCUACAUGUCGUAUAUGGGAUAAGAAAAUUACGCGUUUUUCGUUAGAGUUUUCAAGGAUCGUCAAGUCUUUUCUUCUGUUUUGCGGUAGAAGCACAAGUAAACCGGUGUCACAAUUUUGCAAGUGACAGACGCAACGGUAUAAAAAAAAAAAAAAAAAAAAAUGAAAAAAGAAACACCGAACAUCUUCGGAUUUAUUGGUCAGUUUUUUUUUUUCGACACCAAAGAAUCUCUCAGUUCAUCCUUACGAUACCAAAAAAAAAAAAAA